CUCUCUCUUCAGGACCACUGCCUCACGAAGCCAACAGGAUGUGUAACCGAUUUGUGGGAACCUGGAAACUUGUCUCCAGUGAAAAUUUUGAUGACUAUAUGAAAGAACUAGGAGUGGGCUUAGCUACCCGGAAACUAGGUGGCUUGGCAAAGCCUGAUGUGAUCAUCAGUAUGAAAGGGGACAUAGUAAACAUAAGAACUGAAAGCACCUUCAAAAAUACAGAGAUCUCCUUCAAACUGGGCCAGCAGUUUGAUGAAACGACAGCAGAUGACCGGAAAGUUAAGAGUGUUGUAACCUUGGAGAAAGGGUCAUUGGUGCAAGUGCAGAAGUGGAACGGCAAAGAAACCACAAUAAAGAGAAGACUGGUUGAUGGGAAAAUGGUGGUGGAGUGCGCCAUGAAAGGGGUUGUCUGCACUAGAGUCUACCAAAGAGUGUGAAGAAACUCCCUCCCUGCACUGGACUGGGACUGGCUCUUAAAACUCACCUUAGUUCAGUGACCAAAGCCUCAUGCACUGUGCUUCUUUAUUUUCUUAU